AUGGAUUCCGGGGGCGAGGUGAGAGAGACUCGGGUAUUCGUCUUCCUCUGUGCAGCGGAAAGCUGCCAUUUGAAUCCCUCGGAGCUCUCCAUCCGGUUGCACCGAGACGAAGCAAAAUCAUCCAAGGCAUCCAGCCGCCCAAGGACGAAAGGGAGCCGGCUUGGAUGUCGAAGCUGUCCGAGAUUUGCAGAGGAGCAAGAUUGCCAGGACCUGAUCACGCAAGAAGAAGAAGAGCUCUACAUUGAUCGUCACCUCCCUCGAGCUCAAGCUGACGAGAUUGUGUGCGAGAUCUCUCAAGUUUUGCCACAGUCGUACCAGUGGCUGGGUCUGGAGGAGAUGGACAGCAAAGAGGAGGUUUUCCGCGUGAUCAACUGGGACGUGGAGGUGAGGAGCAAAAGCUCGGCCGUUCUUGCACAUGGAAGCGACGCUGUUCUUGGGAUCGAAGUCGUCAGUGGGCUGAGCCGGCAGGGAUUGAACAGAUGCGAGAUGGAAUUCUACCUGUGGGCGCGUUUUUGCAGCUGGUGA